GUUCGUCUUCUCUACAAUAGUACAUCUAUCUACUUCUUUUACUUUGCUUUAACGAUAAUAAUAACAAUGUCCGACCUCCUAACCCUCUUCCCUACAUUCCCUCUCACGCCUCCUGUAUCAAACCUCCUCAACUUCAUUGGAGACGCCAGAUUAACUACCGCAGACCUCGUAGCCCUCGACCCAAUGUCAAUUUCCCGCCGCCUCCCAUCCCAGUUAAACACCUCACUUCUAGAACUCAAAAGCCUGCAGAGAACCCUAGUAGAGCACAUCCACGCGGACAUUGCACGGCUGUCCUCGCUUCCACCGCCCCGCACGAUAACAACCCACUCGCCAACGCUGGACAGGCUCCUGAACAAAAUCCCAACGCAAGCCAUCACCGAAUUCGCUGGCGAAAGCGGGUCCGGGAAAACGCAAAUCCUUCUCCUCUUAACCCUCACCGUGCAACUGUCCCCAUCCCGCGGUGGUCUGGGUAGACCAGCGGUCUACAUCUCCACCGAAGCCCCACUCUCAACCUUGCGUCUGAUCCAGAUGAAAAAUUACAUCUCCCGCGACUUGCCCGUGGGUGAACAGCCCACGACGGAUAAGGUCUUUUCGAUCGUCUGCUCGGAUUUGGAAACUCAGGAGCAUAUCAUCCGCUACCAGCUCCCGGUGCUCGUGCAGAAGUUCAAUGUAGGCUUGGUGGUAAUCGACUCGAUAGCAGCGAACUUUAGGGCGGAAUUCGAACGGCCGAUGAAUAGGAAUAAGAAGUUGAGAUCGAGUAAUACUUCUACACCUUCUUCAUCCCCGUCGUCGUCCUCGACGGGGGCGCCCAGCGCGGGCGCCCGGCACGGCAGUCAAAUGGCGCAGCGAGGGAAAGAAAUGGUGAGAUUGGCAGCAACCUUGAGACACUUAGCCAUAAACCACAACCUGGCCGUCGUAGUAUCAAACCAAGUUUCGGACAAAUUUACGCCUUCCGCUAGUUCUCGCACCCCAUUGUCGUCGUCGUCGUCGGCGCGGGAUAGAGAUGACGAUGACGAUGAUAUCAUGAGCUUAGACUUCCAGUUGAAGUGGUUUGCGGGGUGUGAUGAGGGGCUGGAAGGCGGCGGAAAGAUACCAGCUUUAGGACUUGUGUGGGCGAAUUUGCUGGCUACGAGGGUUGUCAUUCGAAAGAGCGAGGAUCCAAAGACUGGGGAGUCGAGGAGGAGCUUGAGGGUUGCUUAUUCUAAUAGAGCAUUGGCUGGAGAGGAGGUUGGGAUUGAGGUGUUUGAGGGGGGGGUUAAGAGUGUUAAUGAUGGGGGUGAUGAAUGUUCGUGAAGAGGUGGUAGUAGUACAGUUUGAGUACGGUAUACUAGGUUUGUUUAUUUUUCUUGCAUACAGGGCGCUGUUUGCUGGUUUGUAUUGUAGUGUUUUUGCACUUGUACAAUAAAUAGUGAUUGGGAGUUUUAAUCAUAGCGAAUCAUUCGCUCGUCCUGUG